CUGGUUGGACUAACGUCCAUGUUUUAAUGAGCCGCCAUGUUGGAAGCCAAACCUCUUUCAUUCUAAGAAAGAACAGGAUCCACUUCCACACAGUUUACGGAAGUGCGGGCUGCUGUUGAGCGGUUAAAUCUGAGUCGUUACCCCCGCAGAGGUUCUUCCCGAGCCCGGCCCGUCCCUGGUCUUUCUUUAUCCCGGUUUUAGCUCUUUCUUCUGCAAUGGCGACCGCGACUCCCACCGGUCCGAGGAGCACGUGUGGCAGCGGCUCCCCGCUCAGCCCGACCCGGAUCACCAGGCUGCAGGAGAAACAGCAGCUGCGGAACCUGAACGACCGCCUGGCCGUCUACAUUGACAAAGUCCGCAGCUUGGAGUCCGAGAACGAGAUCCUCCACGUGAAGAUCAGCGAGAAGGAGGACGUGCGGAGCCGAGAGCUGUCCGGACUGCGCGCCCUGUAUGAGACGGAGCUGGCGGACGCGCGGAGGAGCCUGGAUGAGUCCUCCAAGGAGCGGGCCUGGCUGCAGAUCGAGCUGGGGAACAUCAGGACCGAGCAUGAGCAGCUCCAGCAGAACUACAACAAGAAGGACUCAGAGGCGGCGGGCUCUCAGGCCCGACUGAAGGACCUGGAUGCUCAGCUGAACUCUAAGGAGGGGAUGUUGGCCACGGCACUGUCUGAGAAGAGGAGCCUGGAGGCCACGCUGGCCGACCUGCAGGAGCAGCUGCAGGAGCUGGACACAGGUCUGACUCAGGCGAAGAAGCUCCUGGCCGACGAGAUGCUGAUGAGAGUCGAUCUGGAGAACCGCUGCCAGAGUCUGACCGAGGAGAUGGACUUCCGUAAGAACGUGCACGACGAGGAGGUGAAGGAGGCCCGGCACCGGUACGAGUCCCGGCUGGUGGAGGUGGACUCUGGACGGAAAGAGGAGUACGAGUUCAAACUGACUCAGGCUCUGACCGACAUGAGGGCGCAGAACGAGGAGCAGAUCAUGAUCUACAAGGACAACAUGGCGAGCACCUACGUUACCAAGCUGGAGGAUCUUCAUCGUCUGUCCGAGAUGAACGGAGCUUCAGCCAGCAUGGCCCGAGAGGAGCUGAGGGAGUCCUCGCUGAGGAUCGAGAGUCUGACUGCACAGCUCUCCGGACUGCAGAAGGAGACUCGUGGAUGGCGUGAUCGUAUAUCGGAGCUGGAGACGGCGCUCUCUCAGGAGAAAGAUGCGAGCCGCAGGAUGCUGAUGGAGAAGGACCGCGAGGUGGCCGAGAUCCGGGCCAAGAUGCAGGAGCAGCUCAACGAGUACGAGCAGCUGUUGGACGUCAAACUGGCCCUGGAUAUGGAGAUCAACGCAUACAGGAAGCUCCUUGAGAGUGAGGAGGAGAGGCUGCUGCUCUCUCCCAGCCCGUCCUCCCGCGUCACCGUGUCCCGAGCCUCGUCCAGCAGCCGCAGUGUGCGCACCGCUAAGGGGAAGAGGAAGCGCGUGGACGUGGAGGAGCAAGAGGCCAGCAGCUCCGUGUCCAUCUCUCACUCCGCCUCGGCCACGGGGACCGUCCUCAUCGACGAGAUCGACACGGACGGAAAGUUCAUCGCUCUGCAGAACAGCGGAGACGAGGACCAGGCCAUGGUGGGAUACGAGAUGGUUAAGACGAUCGGAGACGUUGAGGCCACCUACAAGUUCACUCCUAAAUACGUGCUGAAGGCCGGACAGAAAGUCACGGUUUGGGCCUCUGAUGCAGGCGUGAGCUCUAAACCUCCAUCAGACCUGGUGUGGAAGAGCCAGAGCUCCUGGAGCUCCGGAGAGGACGUCCAUGUGGUGCUCAUCAACCCUCAGGGAGAGGAAGUGGCAAAGAGAACCACCACGUACACGACCUCAGUCGAGGAGCAGGAAGAAGACGAUGAUGAUGAAAUCGAAGCUUCUGAGGAAGAGCUCCUCCAGCAGCAGGGAGAUCCUCGCACCGCCAAGAGAGGCUGCCCCAUCAUGUGAUCCAUCACUACCAACCAGCCUCCUCCUCUUCCUCCUCCUCUUCCUCCUCUGAGCCCAGCCAGUCUGCUGCCAACUGUAAUACUAGAACUAUUUUUCUAUCUUUUGUAGUAUUUCAAUAAAAUUUAUGAAUUUUAUUUGUUUCUUAAUUUCACUGAGAAGUAAAAACCAGCUCUGGUAGACGAACCAAAAGGACUCCACAGUUUGUAGACUUUGUUUUGAAACUGUCGGCUAAACUCAGACGGGCCGUGUGAUUUUUUUUUUUUUUUAAUAUAUUUUAAUUUUGUUAUUAUGUUGUAUAUUUUAUCUUAUUUUAUUAUUGAUGGUUUAUUUUAGGCCUUUAAAGACGAUCCACACACAUCAGUGAUCAGCGUCAUCAGUUUCCAUAAAAACUAAGAUUGUAAAAAACAAACACUAAAUUCAGCAGGGACAGAUCCGACGUCAGAAACUCUCCAGUUUGGAUCUGAAUGGGACAAACGGUCAGAAUGACGAGAAUCUCUGAGAUCUGCUCGUGUCUUUAAGAAGAACCUGAAAUGAUUGUUCAAUUGUAUUCAGAGUCGGAUGUUUGUGAAGGUCUGAGUGCAGACGCUCUGGAGCGACUUCCUGCUCCUUUAAAUAAAAACUGUGCCCGAAUAACGACAGAUGAACUCUGAGCUCUUCACGGCAGCAGACUCUGACUCUGAAUACGUGUUGCACCACUAACUAAAGUGUUGAUUGUAUUCUUAACUUUUUGCUAUUUGAACUGUUUGAAGUAAGUUUUGUGUUGGUGUGUUACUUCGCAUGCUCUGACUGUAGACUUUGUAGAUGAAUGAUUAAACGUUGUUUUCUUGUA